UAUGGAUUCCCUGGUGGAUGGAAACCACACUGCAGUGUCAGAGUUCAUUCUCCUGGGCUUAACAGAUGAUCCCAUGCUACGAGUCAUCCUCUUCAUGAUCAUCCUAUGCAUCUACCUGGUGACUAUAUCUGGCAAUCUCAGCACAAUCGUUCUUAUCAGAAUCUCUUCUCAGCUCCAUCAUCCCAUGUACUUUUUUCUGAGCCACCUAGCUUUUGCUGACAUAGGCUAUUCAUCUUCUGUCACACCUAACAUGCUCGUAAACUUCCUGGUGGAGAGAAGCACAAUCUCCUACCUUGGAUGUGCCAUCCAGCUCGGCUCAGCAGUUUUCUUUGGGACAGUUGAAUGCUUCAUUCUGGCUUCCAUGGCAUAUGACCGCUUUGUGGCAAUUUGCGAUCCACUGCUUUAUUCAACCAAAAUGUCUACACAAGUCUGUAUCCAGUUAUUUGUAGUGGCUUAUGUAGGUGGUUUUCUUAAUGCUUCUACUUUUACAAUUACUUUCUUUUCUUUACUCUUCUGUGGACCAAACAGAGUCAACCAUUUUUUCUGUGACUUUGCUCCUUUACUUGAACUCUCCUGUUCUGAUGUCAGUGUCCCUGCAGUUGUUCCCUCAUUUUCCGCUGGUUCCAUCAUUGCCAUCACAGUGUUUGUCAUAGCUGUCUCCUACAUCUACAUCCUCAUCACCAUCAUGAAGAUGCGCUCCACUGAGGGGCGCCACAAGGCCUUCUCUACUUGUACCUCCCACCUCACUGCAGUCACUCUGUUCUAUGGGACCAUUACAUUCAUUUAUGUGAUGCCCAAGUCCAGCUACUCCACUGACCAGAACAAGAUAGUAUCUGUGUUCUACAUGGUGGUGAUCCCCAUGUUGAACCCCCUCAUCUACAGUCUCAGGAAUAAUGAGAUUAAAGGGGCUCUGAAGAGAGAGAUUGGUAGUAGAAUAUUAGUGACCUUUGCUAUUUUUAAUAUAUUUUGA